AUGAAUGAUAAUCCAGGCGAAGAUCAGUUUCAAAAUCCUCCGGGAUUCUUCUACGUCGCUCUUACUGAAGCAAUCGCAGACAAUGACGAGGACUUGAUGGAUGAGGACGUGAUGGACGAGGACAUGAUGGCUCUGGAGGAGGCAACGCUCCAAGAUGAUUCCUCCACCGAGAGUCUCGAUCAUGAUGCUGAUGACAUUGCCACAGAGAGAGAGCAGGUGGCAAUCUAUGCAAACAUGCGAGCUGCGAGACUUGAAGGCCAACUUGAACGUGCCCGCGCUGAAGUGAAGAAGCUCAAUCGACCCUUGACACUUGACGACGUGAUGCCCGUUCUGGAGCUGUACCGGCAAUUGAUUCGCAUCGUUCGUCCGGACGAUUUCGACAGAGAGAAAUGGAUUCGAUCUCAUGAGCGAUGCUUGGGACUACAGAGACGACUCCUCGAAAAGGGAGAAGUAUACCGACUCAUCCAAGGGAAAUGCGAAACGAUGCGCGAGAAAUGCGGCGGUCUCCUAGAGAAGUGCGUCGCGAUCUGUGAGUACUACGACAAGUUCCAAGAACGAAUCAACAGCCUCUUUGAAGAAGACGAAGAAGAAGACGAGGAGCUGUACGACAUGAUGAGAGGCAAGAUGGGUGCAAACGAGCAGAGAAUUGAGGGUUUGUUGGACGAGGGCACGACUUUGAUGCAGAUGAUUGAGGAGCGGAUGCUUUGGGCUUAUAAGCUGGAGAGAAAGUCGGCUUAUAAUAUCUAUCAGCUGCGUCGCUUUGAGGGGAUUCUUGAUGAUAUUCUGCAGUCGUUUGACGAUUGGUUUGGGGAACUGUGA